CUCUCGCUUCCCCCUUUCCAGCCUUUUUGUGGCUACACGCUCUGCCCAGCAGUCCCUUCUUCUGAUACAUGCACCGGAUUCACUCGUGGGCGAAAGCUCACGCAUCAAGCAAUAGUGUUGCAACUGACGGUCCGAGCAAACGACCUGUUGCGCAGCUCCCGGAGGAACCUGCCCCUGCCCAGCACGAUGCUCAAGUGAAGGAGAAAAGUAGGGACCCGGCUCCUCAGUCGGGUUCGGAUACCACACAGAAGGAGCAGCAAGAGCAGGGCCUCGGCACCCGCAUGAGGAACGGCUGCGUACGGUUCCUGGAACAUACCAAGGAUGCGCUGUUCCAUAGCUGGGUCAAUGUGCUGUUGGUCUUUGUGCCCGUGGGCAUUGCCGCCGAGGCGGUGGGCUUGAGCCCGGCCAUCAUCUUUGCCAUGAACGCAAUCGCUAUUAUUCCCUUGGCAGGGCUAUUGAGUCAUGCCACCGAGUGUGUUGCAAGCCGUCUUGGUGACACCGUGGGAGCGUUGAUCAACGUCACCUUCGGCAAUGCGGUUGAAUUGAUCAUCUUCAUCAUUGCUCUCGUCAAGGAUGAAAUCAGAAUCGUCCAAGCCUCUCUGCUGGGCUCCAUCCUGGCCAACUUGCUCUUGAUUCUUGGGAUGGCCUUCCUGCUAGGUGGUCUUCGUUUCCGAGAACAGAUUUACAAUAGUACUGUUACCCAGAUGAGCGCUUGUCUGCUUAGUUUGAGUGUCACCAGUCUGCUGUUGCCGACUGCUUUCCACGCAUCCUGGGCAGACGAUACAAACGCCAACAAGUACACCUUGAAAGUCAGCCGCGGUACCAGUGUGGUCCUGCUACUCGUGUACAUUCUCUACAUCUUAUUCCAGCUCAAGUCCCACUCGUAUCUUUAUGCAAGCAUUCCUAAACAGAUCAUCGAUGAGGAGUCGCAUCCUGGCGUUCUUGCGGAUUUUAUGAACAGUUCGUCCGACUCGUCCACCAGCAGCGACGAUGAUACGGAUGACUCGUCCACCUCCUGGACUACAGCCAAGCGCAUCAAGCGGGCGAUGAAAUAUCGCAGACACCGCAAGUCCAGCACCAGCUCCAAGGGUACCUCGUCUAGACAGUCUGUGCGCAAGAAGAGCAUCGCCGCUAUCUCCGCGGGCGGGUCUGCCGCUAGCAAUGCAGAUGUAGCUGCUUCGUGCGCCAUCGUCGAUGAAGCCCGCUACGAUGCUGAUGAUGAUGGACCUCGAACCAGGGACUUUGGACAGGAGCUUGCCCCCGUGCAGAGCAACAAGUCGGAUCGUAAGGCCAAAAAGCAUUCCAAGAAGAGCAACAAGCGUCGUGCAGCUGCCAGGGCCGAAGACCAAAACACAGCGGCAUCCCAGGACCAGCCUCAACGUCCGCCCCUACUGUCAUAUCAAUCUGAACCGUCCGUGGAACAUCGGGCUGCCGGAGAUGACCAGGCUGCAGGUGCUGCUAACGAAGUUCCGAAGAAACUGCCAUCCUUCCGUCCUACCUUCCCAUCCCUGCUGUCGAACACGGUAUUUUCGGCCCAGUCUACGGACCCUCGUGUUUCCCAGGCUUAUCCGCAAGGCAUACCGGGUGUCCGACGUGCCAGUUCUCUUCCACCGCGCAUGAACCGACAGCCAGGCAUCGGCAAUGCAGUCCAGUUCGCUCGCACCGCUGCUCGCAUGCCACGUACGGCAGACUCUGUAGCUCUGGAGCCCGAUGCCGAAGAAAUCGUCGAGCCAGAGAUGUCACGCACAGCCGCCGUGGUUCUGCUCCUGGUGUCAACCGCUUUGGUGGCAGUCUGUGCCGAGUUUCUCGUGGACAACAUCCCCGCAAUGAUUGCCAGCUCCAAUGUCAGCCAGACCUUCAUCGGAUUGAUUAUCCUGCCGAUCGUGGGCAAUGCAGCCGAGCACGUCACCGCCGUCAGUGUGGCCGCCAAAAACAAAAUGGAUCUGGCCAUUGGUGUUUCGGUUGGAAGUAGUAUCCAAAUCGCCAUCUUCGUGACCCCCUUUGUCGUCCUUCUCGGCUGGUUCAUGGACAAAGACAUGUCCCUGUACUUCACCCUCUUCGAGACCAUCUGUCUGUUUGUGACAGCCUUUGUCGUCAAUUUCCUGGUGCUCGACGGCAGGAGCAACUAUCUCGAAGGCGCCUUGCUCAUCGCCGCAUAUGUGAUUAUCGCUGUCGGUGCCUUCUAUUACCCCAGUACCAGCGAUGCUAGUAGUUUUGCGUCUUAAUAAUAGGAAUUCCUCACUGCCGAUGACACCCUCCGUCGAGGGCAUUCUACGUAAUCGACAAGAAGAAGCAGCAUCAAUUCUUUUUUU